ACAUGCCCAAAAUCACAAUGCAAUGAGUGCCAAUUUUUUCAAGCAUCAAAUUUGUUUCGUAUGUUGAAUAGUCUCACCUUUCGUCUUGAUCGCUGAGAGAAUCCCAAACAGACAUGGUUCGACCAAAGAAAAAGAGCAAGCGGCUCCCAGCUGCACAGAAAUACAAGAUCGAGAAAAAGGUCCGGGAGCACAAGAGGAAGCAGCGGAAAGAGGCCCGGGGAAUGCGCAAAAAAAAGCCUAAGGAUCCUGGUAUCCCUAACCUGUUGCCUUUCCGCGACUCUAUGAUGAAACAGCUCGCAGACAGAAAACGAAAAGAGGAUGAAUUCAAACAGAGAGAGAGGCAAGCAAGAGCCAGCUUCAGCAGCAUGCAGCGCGAUGCGGCCAAGCGCACGCGCGAGUUUGAGAAGAAAUCAGCACCGGUCAGCUUGUACACAUCGGACGGCCACCUGACGCAGAUGGCGCGCAAGGCCUACUAUCGCGAGUUCCGCAAAGUCGUGGAUGCGGCCGACGUGGUGCUCCAGGUCUUGGAUGCACGAGAUCCACUGAGCUGCAGAUGCGUCCAGGUCGAGGAGAGCGUGCUUGCAUCACCAAACAAGCGUCUGAUUUUGGUGCUGAAUAAAAUCGAUCUCAUCCCAAGAGAACAAAUCGGUGCGUGGCUGAAGCAUCUUCGGAAUGAGUUCCCUACAGUUGCAAUCAAAUCAUCCACACAAGGCCAGAAGGAUAGGAUAGGUCGCUCCAAGGCAUCUCUGGCAACUGCGUCUGAGAAGCAAAUGAGCGGCGGUACAUGUAUUGGAGCAGACAGUCUGAUGAAGCUGUUGUCCAAUUACUGUCGCAAUGCUGGGAUCAAGACAACUAUCUCUGUGGGUGUCGUUGGAUUUCCCAAUGUUGGAAAGAGCAGCCUUAUCAACAGUCUGAAGCGGUCCCGUGCGUGCAGUGUUGGUGCCACGGCCGGUGUAACAAAGACGGUGCAGGAAGUUCAGCUUGACAAGCAUAUCAAGCUGCUGGACAGUCCCGGCAUUGUGAUGGCAAAGGAUGACACUGACGCACAUGCUGCUCUGCACAACUCUGUACAGUUGGAGAAACUCACCGACCCCAUCACGCCAGUUGGCACGAUACUGCGUCGUUGCAACCAGGAGCAGAUGAUGCAGCGGUAUUUCGUUCCCGCCUACACGUCCGUUCAGGAGUUCCUCGCGCAUCUAGCGCAGCGCCUGGGCAAGCUUCGGAAAGGUGGUAUACCUGACUUGGAGGCAGCUGCAAGAUCAGUCCUGAAGGAUUGGAACUCUGGUGCCAUCAAGUUCUUCACGCACCCUCCGGAGCAGAGCACGCUGCCUGCUCAUCUGUCUGCGCAGGUGGUGUCGUCGUGGGGCAAGGAGUUUGACAUGGCCUCACUGCUGAAGGACGACAGCCAGACUGUGGAAGCCUUGUCUGCUGAUGGCAGUGAAGAGAUGAUGGCCGUUGAGUCUGGCCAGCCACUGGAAAUGCAGCAGGAGGAUGACACAGAUGACGCAGAUGUGGAGGAUAUGAUGAGUGACGAUGACGACGACUUCGAUGAAGACGAUGAAGAUGACGAUGAGGAGGAGAUGAGUGGUGAUGAUGAUGAAGAGGCGGAGAGCGAGGAAGAGAGCAAUCAGAUGACUGUUGUUGUGCCAUCGCGGCGGAAACGACGAUCUGCAUAGAGCCUCUGCUCGAGUGAUACGACGACGGACCCGAAGCCCACUGGGAUGACGACAUAACUCUCAACGUAACAGUGAACUUUGAUUCUACAAACUAACUACCUACUCA